UCCCCAGUAAACAGAGAGUAGUCCUGCCUCCUUCUCAGUUCCUCCCACCCGAUAUGAGUCUGUAUAUCAAGCGCACCUCCAGUGUCUUUCCACUGUCAAAUCCAGACUCGUUCAUCUUCAAAGCGGCUGCCUACCCCAGGCAUGGCUAAAGGCUCCACUUCAUCAUGGCCGUGCGACAUUACACCCUCGACUUCAACCUCACUGCACCAGCUGACUGCAGUGCCACCCUCAAAGGACUGCAGUCAGUAUUUCAGGAACAAGAAAUGACAGAAGCGAUUCAUAACUUAGAAGACCAUGGUUACUUAGCAACAUACAUUGGCAAAAAUGGAAGGUUUGCCAUCCUGCGGAUUCACCCGCACGGGUUUGUGUCAGUAGACCUUCAAAGCUGCGAAGGAAGUGACAACACUGAAGCCUACAAUCUACUUAAUGCACUGGAAGAGAAAAUGAAGGACCUAUUGCACAACAAUAUUAAAAGGAUUAAAAGGUUGCCAGCCAUCGUGCGAGGGGGAGCCGUUGACCGGUACUGGCCCACAGCAGACGGGAGGCUUGUGGAGUAUGACAUUGACGAAGUUGUCUACGAUGAAGACUCACCGUACCAGAACAUCAAGAUCCUUCAUUCCCAGCAGUUUGGAAAUAUACUCAUCCUCAAUGGGGAUGUUAAUUUAUCAGAAAGUGACUUGCCAUACACAAAGGCCAUCAUGGGCAGUGGAAAGGAGGGUUACACUGGGAAAGAAGUGCUCAUUCUGGGAGGAGGGGACGGAGGAAUCCUGCAUGAAGCAGUCAAGUUGAAGCCAAAGAUGAUUACCAUGGUGGAGAUAGAUCAAAUGGUAAUAGACGGGUGUCGGAAACACAUGCGUAAGACAUGUGGAGACGUCUUGGACAACCUGAAUGGAGACUGCUACCAGGUUUUAGUAGAAGACUGUGUUCCAGUCUUGAAGAAGUACGCUGAAGAAGGGCGAACGUUUGAUUAUGUAAUCAACGACCUGACGGCAGUACCUAUCUCUACAGCCCCGGAAGAAGAUUCCACGUGGGAGUUCUUGCGGCUCAUUCUUGAUCUUUCAAUGAAGGUGCUCAGACCGAGUGGGAAGUACUUCACACAGGGAAACUGUGUGAACUUGACAGAGGCGCUGGAUAACUACGAAGAGCAGCUCGGCCGGCUUUACUGUCCAGUGGAGUUUUCCAAGGAGGUUGUGUGUGUCCCUUCUUACAUGGAGCUAUGGAUGUUCUACACCAUAUGGAAGAAGUAAUCGCAGUUUUUGUGCGACACGCUGCAUGAAGAUCACACGGCUCGCCCAUGAUGCAUGUAUUGCAACUUCCAGAUCCAGACUUUAAAAAACGCUGUAGAGGACACAGAGGAGAUAAUAGUCUAGCGUUUUUUUUAUUACUGUGUUUGUGUUUAACGUUGUUUUUUUGUUUUUUUUGUGUUUUUAUUUAAAAAGAGAGAGAAUUUAAGAAUGUAUAUUUCAUAAAGACUGGUUAAUAAUGCUGUGAGUUACAGGAUAGAAAGCUGUUGAAAACACUGAAACAUAGAAUGUUGUGACCCAGCUUUCUCUGUGUUCUGUUUUUAUUUUCUCAAUGGAUUCCACGAUUAGGAGUCCUUGUUGGUGAUGUUUGGGAUAGAUGUCAGCGUUAUGUUUUUUUGUUCUCAUAGUUUUAAUAUAGCUAAUUUUAUAAUGUAUGAUGCUCUUCAAAGGACACUCUGAAAUAAACUUGGGCUUCCACUUUGGAAUGUGUAGUUACCCGUUGCAGAAUGGAUGUGCUCUUGCACUUGUUUAUAAAGGGAGAUGGAUAACUGCGAGGUUUCUCGAUUUAUGGUUCUUGAUUUUUAUGAAUCACUCUGCCGUUUUGUUUUCGUUCCCGGUUCCGCUGGGACAGUUGCAUCGAUCACUGCUGGGAAUGGCGUAACCCCUGUCACUUCAGUGUGUUUGUUUGCAGUGUGGAUUAAUGACGGCACGUCACAGAGGCUUAUGCUUUCUUUCGGUUCUGCAGCUUUUUGCUUCUCCGUCCCUUGAGUUCUUAGCCAGUCCCGCAGCUUCUUGCUGUGUGUUCGUGUGUAUGCGCACACUUAUUUCUUAUUUUCUUAGCAGAUGCCCUUAUCCAGGGCGACUUACAAUUGUUACAAAUUUUUUUUACAUACAAUUACCCAUUUAUACAGUUAGUUUUUUACUGGAGCAAUCUAGGUUAAGUACCUUGCUCAAGGGUACAGCAGCAGUGUCCCUCACUGGGGAUUGAACCCACGACCCUCCGGUCAAGAGUCCAGAGCCCUAACCACUACUCCACACUGCUGCCCCCCACACUGAAAUGCAGACAAAACAAAUCCUAAAAACGGUUUGUUUUCUUGCAGAUUCUUGCGCUGCAUUGCGUUGACUAGGGAUGUCAGCAGUUCAGUGUGUGCAUGUGCUGCCCUGUGCAAUGUCUCAACACAGUAAAGCCCUGUGUCUUAGCUCACUGUCCCUCAAGGGGUUGACAUUCCUGAUAAAUGCCCCUCCAGAUCCCUGUCAUUGCGAAUGUGGCUUUGCGGGGGUGGUGGGUGUUUUUCUUCCUAUGUGAUCUAGAUUGUGGUCCACCCCUGAUAAUUAUACACUGGAAGUUUAGAGCCCACGCAGCUCUGCUGAAUGAGCGUCGCUUUCCCAACACAUGACAGCUUGAGAAGUCCUGCAUUGCAGAAAAGGGUAACUGGUUCAAGCUAAGAACUAGGGAAACAGGAAAAGGUUCCAAACAGGUAUUAUAAACCACACAAAAUCAAAUGUCUGCAUGAAAUCCAAGCCUUGGCAGAACUUUCAGGCCUGUUUUUCUUUUUCAGCCUCACAACGAGGGUGUGUAGCAUACUCUCACACAGUUUUUUAUUCAUUUUUUUAAAAUGGAAAAGAACAGAGGGAUCAGGACCUCGACUGACUUCAGAAAUAUCUGGAAGGAUGUUUGUGUCUUUGAACUGAGACAGCUGAAAGGAGAGGGAGGUCCUUAAACUGAUUAUUCAGUCGUAUUUAAAAAUCAGCCACAAUUUAUUUUCUACAGUGAAUACCCCACUUUUUGUUCUGCCUGGUAUUUGGUUGCAGUAAUGCAGUAGAGUUGGACUUGGUGCUGUUCAAGUCUGCACUGUCCCGGUACUUUGCCUGUUUAAGACCUGUCUGCUGUUUAUUUGUUUCUAUCAAUGUUAUUCCCCUGUUCUUAACCAUGCAGAUGGCCCACUAAACCACAGUGAGUGGUCUCCCAUUGGAUAUUUGCACUAAUAAGAGGUUUCACUUUUACUCUUAGCAGGAGAUUUUUUUUACUCUUGACUGGAGUUCAGAAUAACAAUCCUGAGAUGAAGUUUACAUGAAGUAGCUCUCAGUGCACUGUAUGUCUCAUCCACCACACUUUACUGCUGAUUUCGAUCUGUCUGAAUCUGUAUUAAUGAAUGUUCAUUAAAACGCUUUGGCAUUGCCCUUACAUCUUUUUGAAUUGUAUAUUUGUUUUCUUUAAAAAAAAUAAUAAUAAUAAUAAUAAUACAUGUGCUGGCUUGGCUAUUGUCUAUACUUUUCAACCCGCUGGAGGCUCUGUUAGUCGCUAAGGGCUUAAAAACAAAAUUCAGUAUCUGAAAAUACACUCAACCCUGUAUUAAGAGACCACUCAAGGGACAGUCUGACAGUGGACUCUUAACACAGGUUGUUUCUUAAGAGGGCCCAUAACUUAUGAAUUUUCUAUUUGUCUCUGACAUGCCUUCUGUAAUUAUGUAUGAAUUAUCUAUAAAAGCCAGAAGAUGUAAUAUGAACAAAAGGAAGUAUGUCAUUUUAAUAACAUUCAUUUAGAUAAUGCAUAUACAAAACAAAUUAUGUUGUGAAAGUAAAGAAUGCUUGCUGUCACGUGAACAAAAAUAAAAACCUAAAACUUCAA